CUGGCCAAUGAAGAAAGCUGUUGGAUUGAGCGCUGGCAAAGUGUCUGGGUCUUCCCUCUUCUCAGACGUCUCUGUGAAGAACACGUUACUCAGACUACAUACAUCAUUGAUUAUUAUUUGCCGAAGUUGCUGAAAUGUAACCCUGAGAGUUUAACCUACAUGAUAGACCACCUACAGUCCUCUGCAGCCAUCAGCGUGGGUUCUGUCAGUAACCGAGGGGCUCUGGGAGCUCUUAUGGCGUGUCUGAGGACAGCUCGGGCGCAUGGACAUCUUCGAUUUACAGAAAAUUACGCCUGG